AUGCCGAACAUCUCCGACAGCUCGAACAUCAUCGCCUUCAAGUGGGGCAUCAACGACAAGAUCUGGUCAAGAAGCUGGCUACCUGAAAGAUCCAUACGGUUCAUGGCCAUAGUGAACUAUGCAUACCAGGUGCUCAAGAUCCCAGAUCCUAAUGGAGUCAUAACCAUUAAGGGGGACCAAAGUUCAGUGGUCAAGUGCGAUAAGCAGAGCCUAGAUAUGGUGAACACUUCUUCUGAGUGGUCUAUCGCCGCCGCUAAAAGUGAGAUGAAUGACGGUGUUAAGGACAAGAAGGCUGGUGGUGGCAUCAAGAAAGUGCCCCUCAACCCAUCUAAACCAGCCAAGAUGGUCAAGAUAGGGGUCGACCUUGACCCAAAAUAG